ACAUCCGGUACUUCCCCUUUAAGACCUGAAGGAUCUUACCUCCGUCAACAGAACCUCAACUGAGCUUCAUCUCGAUCUGACAGACAAGCAAGCUUCGCCGAUGAUUUGUAUACUUCUAGUGGCUGGGCAUGGCACCCUUUUAGAGACACAAAUAAAGUAUGACGCCACGGGGCUGUAUGGGCACCUGGCCGGGGUCCCAAAGGCCCUGCUCCCUGGGAUAGGAGGAAAGAAGGUCUUGGACUUUUGGUGGGAGACCGUCAACACACGGCAACUGUUCACUGAAGUCUAUCUGGUCACCAAUGCGGACAAGUAUAAGCACUUUGAGCGCUGGGCCACAGCCAACGACUUCCCAGUGGAGAACGUGAUCAACGACGGCAGCACGACGCUGGACGACCGGCUGGGCGCCGUGGCUGACCUGCAGCUCGCCAUACGCAGUCGCAGGCUGCAGGACGACAUCAUGGUGAUUGCUGGAGACAUGCUCUGUGCAGAUCAGAACUUUGAUAUUGCUCAAGUUAUCCGCUUCUUCAGGUCCAAGCCUGGAGAGCUGGCCAUAUACUAUGAGUUGGAGGAGGGAGAGAAGGCCAGCUCAAGGGGCAUCGUGGAGGUGUGCCCGGACACUCACAGGAUAAACCGGUUCCUGGAGAAGCCAGAAGAAGAGCUCACGGACUCCGAACUAGCCAGCGUGGUCUUCUACUGCCUCCAGGGGAGCUCUUUGUGCUACCUCUCUGAGUUCCUCAGUCUGAACCCACAAGCCCAAGACCGGAGCUUUGGACAUUUCUGGGAGUGGCUUAUCAACGAGAAGCAGCUCCCUGUUUUUGGGAUGAAGCUCCCCACUGGCUUCCAGCUCAUUGGACAAGUGGGACUCUCAGACUAUACCAAGUGGCUCACACAUUACUCAGCCAAGCAAGUGGACCAGCCGGCUAGACCCAUCAUACGCAGAUCAUAUGCAAGGGUGGGCCUUAUGGGCAACCCCUCUGAUGGUUUCAAUGGGAAAACAAUUGCCAUGAGCAUCUCCAACUUCUGGGCUGAGGUUACUCUGGUGGAGAGCGAGACUCUGGUUCUGCUCCCUCAUCCUCUUAAUGACCCGACAGAGUUUGGAAGCCUGCAAGAUCUGUUCUGCAUCAGCAGAAAGGAAGGAUACCUAGGUGGGCUGCGUCUGCUGCAGGCCACCUGCAAGAAGUUUUAUCAGUUCUGCUCCAACGAUGGUAUUGCUUUGACAAAGCAGAACUUCACACUGAAAUAUGACACAAACAUUCCUCGACAAGUGGGCCUCGCCGGCAGUAGUGCAAUCGUCUCAGCAACCCUGAAGUGUCUUAUGAAAUUCUACAACAUCACAGAGGGUGACCUCCCCAAGCCCGUCAGAGCCAACUUCAUCCUCAACGUGGAGACAGACGAGCUCUCCAUCACGGCCGGCCUCCAGGACCGCGUGGUGCAGGUGUAUGAAGGCUUGGUCUACAUGGACUUCAGCAAGCAACUCAUGGAGGAACGAGGCUAUGGAGAAUACAUCCCCAUGGACAUGAGCGAUCUUCCCACGUUCUGGCUGGCCUACCUGAGCGACCCCAGUGACUCGGGACGCAUCCACAGCAACGUGCGGCAGCGCUGGCUCAGCGGGGAGCCUCUGGUGGUGGAGGCCAUGAGGUCUUUCGCUCAGCUCACCGAUGAAGCCAGGGCCGCUCUGGAGGGGAAGGACUGGCCCCUGUUGGCUCAGCUGAUGGACCGCAACUUUGAGCUCCGCAGGUCUGUCUAUACCGAUGAGUGUCUGGGUCCAGGAAACCUGAGGAUGGUGCAGCUAGCCAAACAGUUUGGCGCUGCGGCCAAGCUGCCGGGCAGCGGCGGAGCAGUGCUGGGCCUGAGUGUGGACCAGCAGAGAAUGGUGGAGAUGAGGCAAGCUUUUCAGGAGGCAGGGUUCGUAUUCUGUGUCAUAGUGCCACACAAUCCAUCUGUCAGCCACCAUGACCUCCCCCGUGUCCCGUGACAGGACAGACUUCACAACACAUAACUUAUUUAUUUUAAUUGUUUAUCUUCACAAAUGUCUUAUCAUAGCCUACAACUAUUGCAUUUUAGCAAAUGUUAUUUGUAAUUUCACCACAUAAUUGUAUCCCAUUUGUAAAGAAAUUAAAGGGACUUCUAAUGA